AUGCAUGGUAAUCUAUACCUAAGCGCCGCCGCAACAGCCGCCUUGCUUUUAUUCCAACCAUGCUCAGCACGGGCUAAUGUAGCUCUGGCACCGCCAGUUUGCUCUAAUAUCACGACUAGUCAGACCUGGGACUAUAUCAUCAUAGGCUCAGGGGCUGGUGGCAUCCCGCUUGCUGACAGGCUGUCAGAGGCUGGGCACACGGUCCUUCUUUUAGAGAAGGGUCCGCCGUCGACGGGCGUCUGGGGAGGCACUUUAAAACCCAAGUGGUUGGAUAAUUCGACACUUACUCGCUUUGACGUGCCUGGGCUGGCCAACGAAAUUUGGCACAACCCUACUGGCGUCGUAUGUACGGAUGUCGACCAGAUGGCAGGUUGUGUACUAGGUGGUGGCGUGGCUGUCAAUUCUGGCCUAUGGUGGAAGCCGCAUCCAAACGACUGGGACUAUAGCUGGCCCGAAGGUUGGAAAAGCUCCGAUGUAGUUGAUGCGACCGCGCGGGUGUUCGAGCGAAUACCAGGAACGACGCAUCCCAGUACGGACGGCAAGCUAUACCUGCAGCAGGGAUUCGAGGCGUUGACAUCAGGACUAAAUGCAAGCGGGUGGGAGUUCAUUGUGCCUAACGAACAUCCCGAUCGCAAGAACCGGACUUUUGGCCACAGCACGCACAUGUUCUCUAACGGCGAACGGGGCGGGCCCCUCGCGACAUACUUAGUCGAUGCAAGCCAGCGCAAGGAGUUCACACUUUGGAUGAACACUACCGCAAGGAGGGUCAUUCGUGAGGGAGGUCAUGCGACAGGCGUUGAGAUCGAGUGCAGUAAAAAUGCUGCUGGACACGCUGGUGUGGUCUCGGUUACCCCUGGAACAGGCCGUGUCAUCCUGUCUGCUGGCUCCUUUGGCUCAGCAAAACUCCUUUUCAGAAGCGGCAUUGGGCCAAAGGACCAAUUGAAUGUGGUGAAGAAUUCAACGUCGGAUGCGAAGACUAUGAUAUCUGAGGAUUCUUGGAUUGAUCUCCCAGUGGGAUAUAAUCUAAUCGACCAUGUUGGCACCGACAUUGAGAUUGCUCACCCUGACGUCGUCUUCUACGAUUUCUAUGGGGCAUACAGCAAGCCCAUCUUAAAUGAUACGGAAAUAUACUUGCAAAACCGCACCGGUAUUCUCGCCCAAGCAGCGCCUAACCUAGGUCCUAUCUUCUGGGAGAUCAUUCCCGGUGAGGAUGGAAUAGAUCGUCACCUGCACUGGCAAGCGCGAGUCGAGGGUUCCAAGAACACUUCCAUGACGAUCACCCAGUAUCUUGGAACUGGGUCAACAUCGAGAGGUCGUAUGGUGGUCACACCUCAGCUCAAUACUCGCGUGUCCGUCCCUCCUUAUCUCCGAGAUUCCAACGACAAGGCAGCUGUUAUCGAGGGGCUUGAGAGAGUGCGCAAGUAUUUCGGACCCAUCUCGAACUUGACUUGGGUUCGGCCGGCUUCAAAUCAGACAUCAACACAGUUUGUUGACUCAAUCCCUGCAAUACCGGCGGUGCGAUGCUCGAAUCACUGGGUUGGUACGGCCAAGAUGGGACUUGACGAUGGCCGGGUGGCCAAUGGUACGUCCGUCGUUGACACAAACACCAAGGUCUAUGGUACGGACAACCUCUUCGUCGUUGAUGCGUCCAUCUUCCCAGGAAUGAUGACGGGGAACCCUUCAGCAAUGAUCGUUGCUGCCGCCGAGCAUGCGGCGAAUAAAAUACUGGCACUUCCCGCUCCAAAGAUAAUCACGGUUAAUUAG